UUCUCGGAGAAGCUCCUCCCCCCUCUUUCCCAAUUUCCUCCCCCCUUAUCCACAAGCGCUUCUCCUCAGUGUUUUUUUUUUUCUCCUUUUUUUUUUUCAAAAAAGAGAUCUUUCUUUUUGUUUAUUGAUCCCUCCAUCUCUUCUUCCACCACCAAAUUACAAUAAGCAGCAUGGAUUGGUAUUUCCUCGAAGAAAGCGACGAUUUUCUUGUCCCGAGUGAUCAAGAACCCUUUGGAGAUGUUCCUGCGUUUUCAGAUGACUGGCGUUCUUGGGCCGUCGCUCCGCCAAAAGUUUCUCAGCCGUGCGGGGAUGAUGCUCUUCUGCAGCACGGUCGAGGUUUAUAUGCUGACGAAAUGAAGCAGAGUGCAUUCAAAGAGGGAGAAAGAGGAUUCGGUGAUUCGACCGCACGGGGAGAGUCUACGCCGCUCGAUUGCUGUCCAAGAAGCUCGGAAGAAUCGUUCGAAUGUCAGACCAAGUGCGAGAUGCCGGACAACUUGGAGGAAAUGGAUAACAUUUUCUUGUGCAAGCAUAACUUCCGGGAUCCUUGGAAUUCAUUUCUGGAAGUAGAUACACGGAACAUGGAAAACGCAUUUGAGCCAGUACAAAUGUUCCCCGACUCUAUGUACAGGUCGUUGUCGUUUGAGAAUAUAUUGGCGACUAUGCUCGCCGAUCCACAAAAUCAUUCGGCAAGUUUAAGUAGAAGUGAAAGUAUGAAUGAUCUUGAAGCCUGUGGAAUUCCUCUGUUCCCUAAUGACCUGUCGGAAGAUUUCGAGAAGACUGAUGACUGCUCAUCUUCAUGCGUGAAUAUGCCAGACGGGUCUGUAAUACUUCGUGCCGAGGAUUCGGAUCCCUACAUAUUCGUUCCGGCUGAAGUUAGACCAACAAGUGAGAGCAAAUUAGUUGCUGCUGAUGCAGAGAAGCCUAAAUGUUCGGAGGCGACAGUGCUGCGAGAGCUUGAAGAUGCAAUAUUGCUGCUAAAUGAGGAGACGAGGAUUUGCUUCCGCGAUUCUUUGUACAGACUUGCUAGUAGUUCGAAAGACAAAAAACGCAAAAGAGAUGAAAGCAGAAUCACGGAGACGACUGUUGUCGCUUCGGCUCCAAAGAUGAAGGGUGUAAGUUCAAGGGCAAAUAAAUCUGAGUGCACGGAAACGGAGACCAACAUAAUCGAUAGGACUGUCGCGAACCUCGUGUUCAAUCAGUCAUUUGCUGGCUCUUCAGACGCGAAAAAUCCUGUGCUGGCUUCGUAAGUGAAAGGAAAAUCAUUCGGCAGUUUCGGGCUCGUGCACCAAGUCAGAUCUUCCAUGACCAACUCUACUCUAUUGUAUGAGUGAUAAGUUGCACCAUGGAUCUUUUUGAGCAAGUAACAAGAAGCAAUGAGUAGGAACAAGUUAUUACUUUUUGUAACUUAUCUAAACUUUGGAUCAUUUUGAAUUGACUACGUAAACUUUCGAAAGGUUGAUUUUACUAUCCAACCUGUCAAUCUGUUUAAUUUCAGUCAGUCGACGAUGCUUCGACUUCAAAAUUUAAGUUUAUUAAAACAAGCAAUUAUCUCAAACUUUGAAAUCAAAGUAUCGUCGACUGACUUAAAGCAAACAAAUUGAAAAUUCGAAUAGUAAAAUUGAAGUUUUGAAAGGUGGGUAGUUGAGUCAAAAGGUUGUAAAUUUUUACCUUGUAUUGAUCCAUCUAGUUUGAGCAGACAUUUUUGUGCAGAUCUCGUGAUGUUAUUGUAUAUGUCAAAAGGAUGUGUAGUUGUAAAAAUAUGAGAUGCCACCAAAAUUGGAGAUUAUAAUUUUGGAUAAUGUUCUAUGAUGACCUCUCCUAAA